GAGCUCACGGCGCUGGCGCAGACCAUCGGCGUGUCUCUAGGCACCUUCCCGCUCCCCUGCUGGUUGCUGCUCCAAUCCUGGGGCCGACCUCGCGUCACCAGAUUGGCCUUCGUGGGCUGUGCGAGCUUGGCGCGCGCUGCGUUGGUGGCGCUCCAGAUUCACGCCGACAUCCUGCGACGUCUUCGGGAAGGUGUGUGCAUCAAUGACACGUGGCGCACCCUGGAGAUGCACGCAUCGUUGCGACCGUACGCUGGCUUCCGGAAGUAUGAGGCCUUCGCGGAGAUGUUGGAGCGGGCGGCUGCGGGGCGCUCGCCUUCGCCGUCUUCUCCUUCGUGGUUUGCGACCUGGCCCGCCGUCGCUGCCGCGGCCGCCCGCGAGGGGCCGGCUUCCCCCGCCGGCGCCCGCCCCCGCCCUCAGCGCGCUGUUCAUGCUGCCCUCCGCGCUCUGGCGCCCGCGCCGUCGUCGCUGGUGACGCUGCUGGUUCUUCGCUUGAGCAAGCUGCUCUCUCGCCACGCCGCCGCCUUGCCUGGUCUCCCCUGGGAGCGCAUCGCUGCUUCGCUGGCAUCCUGCCCGUGCUCUGGGGCGCGGGCGACGAUCCGCGCAUGGGCCGACGGCUGGCUCGCCUCCCACCGCAUUUUACACCCGUUGGGGAAGCGAGCCUGCGCCUUCGGGUGCCAGGCGCUUGUCUGCUCGGGAUCGCCCUUUUCUUCGACCUCGUAUUCCGCGCCACUCUUCGCCCUCGUCGCCCUCUUCCUCGACGGCUUCUGCGACCCCGCCGCUGACUCCGAUGGCUUCCGCGCCGUCGACCCCGGCGCGUACUGGGCC